GUCCUCCUACAUAUACCCACCUUCGUGCCUUUGGUUGCUUGGUCUAUCCAUGGCUCCGCCCUUACACUCACCACAAACUUCAACCACGCUCCACUCCUUGUGUCUUCUUAGGAUAUCAUCCCACCACUAAAGGGUAUAAAUGCUAUGAACCCGUGUCUCAAAAAGUUUAUGUCUCUCGUCAUGUUCGGUUCGUCGAGGAUCAGUUUCCAUAUCCCAAAUUGUCAUCCCUCCCGUCACCCUCUCCUAUAACCCAUAUUUUUCCUCCAAGCCCAGGCUCACAUGCUCCUGCUAACGGCUCCCUUCGGAGUCUCCCAAUUCACGCGCAUACACCCACCACCUCCUCCUAUAAAUACGCAUCUUUCUCCCUCCCUGUUUCUCAUCGGAACCCUAAAAACGAUCACAUCUCUCAGAUUCUCCCCCUCAUCAGAAGAAGAAAUCGCCUCUCAUCCUUCAAAGAAAAUGGCCCAAUUCACCAUCGCCAAGGCGUUCCUCAUCGCCGCCGUGCUCGCCGUCUUCUCCGCGGUUGCUUCCGCUCAGCCAGUCUCUGCCCCAGCACCGGCUCCUGUGACCGGAUCCGCCUUCGCCUCUCCGAUCUCCGCCGUCGUGAUCGUAGGAUCUCUCCUGCUCUCUGUUUCCGCUCUUCUCAGGCACUGAUUUCAAUGUUCGUCGAUCUAUUCCGCUAUGUAUUUUUUUUUACUUUAAUUACUGCUAUUUCAUCCAGUGAUUACACAGUUACGUUGUUAUUAUUGUUACCGUUCGUCUGCUUGGUUUUCGGCGUUGCCGUUUGAGGCGAUGAUCUGAGCCGCAGAUAUUAUUAUCAUUAUUUAUAUCACAUACCUGAGAAUUAUUCACACUUAUAUAAUAUGAAAUCGUUGGUUUUUGUAUAAAUUGCUCUGUUCCGA